AUGACGAGCCAUCUGACAGUCAAAUACCACCAAUGUAUUAUUCUAGCCACGCGUCCGCUGUUCCUUCACUUUCUCAUCAACCGGCUCCAACCACUGCUGGAUCAGCGCGGCGAGUCGGUAAUCCCUAUUCAGCUGAGACCGCUUCUCGAAACCUCUUUGCAAUUGGCCAAUAUCUCGUUGAGGACUCUGUCUGUGCUAUAUAAGCAGUCACUCCUCGAAUCGUUCCUCCCUUUCGACCUGGAAGGGAUCUUCUCCUCCGCAUUCAUUCUCACCAUCGCCCACUUCAUUGACCCUGCUCUGGUGCCAGAAAUAGCCAACUACGUGCUCACCGCCUCGUGCAUGCUGUCCGACAUUGUGGCCAAGGGCAACAUGACCGCCGCGCUGCGACAGAAGGAAUUGGAUUUGCUGCAGAAGAUGACCGGACAUGUCGUGAGUGGGGAGAGUAGUGAUCAUGAUGAUGGAAGGGAAAGCGUCUCCCGCAUGGUGACCCUUCCUGAGCAGACGGAUCCCGCGGUGAAGUCGGAGUUCAUGAUGGCGGAUGAGGAGAUUACCAUGUGCCUACACAGAUCUUGA